AUGAUGUUGGAUCAUUUUAUAAGAGGUUUAUUUUCAAUUCUCGGUUUAAAUUUAUCUCAAAGGAAUGAAAUUACCCCUUCAAAAUUAUCUUUUACUCUACAUUUAACCUCAAUAAGACCUGCUUUAACUAAUCUUUGGUUAAAUAAUAUAAAUUCUUUAAAAGAUUCUAAUAAUGUUAUAAAAGUGUCAAAUGAAUCCUUUAGAAUUAUAGAUAACUCUCAUAAUAAUGAUUUAUCUCAAGCUCAACAAACACCUAGUGAUGAUAAUAUGAAUAUUCCAAAUUCUAUUAUAGUUUAUCAUGAUCAACCUCCUCCUCUGUCAAUCACACCUUUCUUUAAUUUUAAAGAUUUCUUUGAUCACCUUUCAAAAGAAAGAAUUAUUGAAAGUGAUGGUGGUAAUAAAAUGGAAUUUGGUUCAACUGUGCUUUAUGGUGAAGUGAUAUCAAGUACACAAACAUUACUAGACAAAAAUUUUAAAUUUACUCAAACUUUGCCUACUGGGUUCGUUUGUGUAGCUUCACAACAGAAUCAAGGACGCGGUCGUGGUAAAAAUUCUUGGAUUUCACCUCUUGGAUGUCUUCAGUUCUCUGUUGUCUUAAAACAUCCAUCGAACAUAUCCUCUGUUGUUUUUAUACAAUACCUCUUAUCAUUAGCGGUAGUUGAAGCUAUUAGAACAAAAAAGGGUUACGAGGAUCUUCCUCUUAGAUUGAAAUGGCCAAAUGAUAUCUAUACUGAAAAUAUUAAAAUUGGUGGUGUUAUAAUUAAUUCGCAUUUCCUCCAAGAUGAAUUUCUUUUGAUCGCAGGGUGCGGAGUAAAUUUAAGUAAUUCAGCACCCACAACCGCGAUUAACCGUAUAAUAUCUCUAUAUAAUCAUGAAAAUAAUACUCAAUUGGAGGAAUUUUCUCAAGAACAACUUUUAGCCGCUAUUCUCGUAAAAUUUGAAUCAUUUUAUAAAGAAUUUUGUAGUCAUAAGAAUGGGUUUGAACCCUUUCUUGAUAUUUAUUAUAAAAGAUGGUUACAUAAUGAUCAGAUCGUCACUUUAGAAGCAUUUAAUAAUAGGAGAGCUCGUAUUAUUGGGAUUACGACGGAUUUUGCUUUGAUAUGA